UCUUAUGUGAAACAGUACUUUGUGAUGUAAGCAACCACACAACAUCACAGCCUUCUCUUCUCUUCCUCUCUUUUAUUAAACUCCCCACCAUACAACUCUUCUCUCCACUUUACUCCGUUGAUAUCGGCUCUUUGAAUUUCAAUCUCCGACGAUGCAAGACCUUCGUCGUUACCAAAACGACAUCGUUCAUCUUGACCUUACCCCACCUUCUCCUUCUCCUCCUCCCACUAACUUAUCAAUCGAUGGGGAAGAAUCCACUGAGACCAAAAUCCGGCGUCUCAUCUCUGAACACCCGGUGAUAAUCUUCAGUCGAUCUUCCUGCUGCAUGUGCCACGUCAUGAGGAAACUACUCGCCACCAUCGGAGUUCACCCCACCGUCAUCGAACUUGAUGACCAUGAGAUCUCCGCUCUCCCUUUGGCUUCGUCUCAUGAUAACGAUGACUCCCCUCGUAACCCUGCAUCUCCUGCCGUUUUCAUUGGUGGCACCUGCGUCGGUGGCCUUGACUCCCUCUUCGCCCUCCAUCUCAGUGGCAACCUCGUCCCAAAGCUCGUUGAAGUUGGCGCUCUCUGAGUAUGAUAAAAAUUUCUCAUUUUAAUAUGUAUAAACCUUAUAUACAGGUUGUUAAUUUAUCAAGUCAAGUCGCUCUCAAAUUCUUCUUCUGCAUAAAACUAGGAAAACCCAGAAAAGAAAAAAAAAAUUUGUGAAUGAUUCUCUUUGUUUCUGGUUUUAAUGGUCAAGAUACUGAAGACAAGUUGCAGCUGUAGAGUAAGUAGUUGUUGUUGUUGUUGUUGUUGUUGUUUGAUGUUAAGGUUCUCUAGGGUUGAUCUGUGAUAGUGUAAUGAAUGAAGUGGGACCUAUAUGCAAUUAUUGAGCAAUCAGAGCCGUUGAAGUUGUUCUAGAUAAAGAGUGGUUGAUAAUGUGGGUUUAAGGAGGAGAUUGGGAAUACUACUGUUGUUACUAUUACUUGAUGACAAUGACGAGGCAAAGUGGCACUAUCAGAUGCAUGUUCUGACAAAAUUCUUCCCAUUAUUGAACUCAAAUCACCAUUUCAUACA